AUGCCGAAGCUUCGCCUCCUGGUGCUGUACUUGGUGCACUGCACCUCCCAUCGCGGCUUCAGCAGCAAGUCCGAACUCAGAUCGAAGGUGCGGCGGUGGAUCCGGGGUGGAGAUUCCCGCACCGAGGCAGGGAGCUUACCGGCCUAUAACAAGCUGGGCUGCCAGCGGUGCCAAUCCAAUCAGUUCUCCUGGAAGGGUGCUUCCCACUGCGAAUUUUGCAGUCCCGGCGAGGUGCCUACACCAGAUCAGGGGAGCUGCCAGGCCUGUCCACCGCAGCACUUUGCACCUAUCAACGCGGAUGUCUGUCAGCCUUGUGGCUUUCCUUUCAUCGCAACCGAGGGAGCGUGCGUUUGGUGGCACUUGGUGAUUUUUGCUGUGGUGAUCGCUGGAGUGGCUGAAGAGGCCGACACGGUCAUCCGCUAUACAGCCGUGCUUGAGAAGCUGGGUGUGGACAAGCAGACCAUUGAUGGUCAAGUAUGCGAAAUGCUUGCGGUGCAAAGCCAAAGAGCUGGGGUGGGCAUGCAGUACUUGCUUUCAGACACCUUUGCGGAGCUGGCUACGGGCCGGACAAACAAGGCGGACCCAACUUUCAUAGACAUGAAAGAAGCCUUUUGGCUGUCUGAGGACCCUAUCGGGAGCAACCUACGAUGCCCGCGCGAUGGACGACCGGGAUGCGCACUUGUAGACUGGAUUCCGCGGGAAGCCCGACGGGAGCAGACUCAUUUCAUGUCAUGGACAUGGCGGUACACCCUGGGCGAGCUCACCAGUGCUCUGCGCAUGUUCCAGGCAGGCGAGGUCAUGGAGAACGUCCAUUUCAUGUGCUUCUUCAUCAACAACCAGUACAGGAUUCUGGUCGAAGAAUCCACAACAGGCAGCGCGGACCUUGAACAGGUUUUUGAAGUAAACCUGAAGCGGAUAGGCCGCAUGGUGGCCAUUCUGGAUGCCUGGCACCAGCCAGUCUACUUGUCCAGAGUUUGGACAGUAUUCGAGCAGUUCGUGGCUUCAAAGCUGGACAUUCCCGUUCAAUUUGUGAUGCCGGAAUCAUCUGCUUUAUCCCUGCAGCAGACCAUUCGACGUGGGGAUGCGGGCAUCGAGCAGAUUACAGAGUCGCUAAGCGCUGUGGAUUCACAGAAGGCGAAAGCCUGGUGCCAAGAAGAUGAAAUCAAAGUAAAAACCUUGAUUCAGGAGUCCGUGGGCUUUUCUCAUGUGAACCAGCACGUUACUGCCGUGAUGCUGAACUGGGUAGGUGAGGUUGUGGAGCAGCACAUAACGGAGCUCAUGGAUCGAAAGGCAGACAGCGUGGAUUAG